AGAUGCUACCAUGACAUAGAUGUGUGAUUUCUCUAGAGCUGUUUUCGCUGGGUUGCAAUUUGGUCAGCUGUUUCCCUAAGCUAACUUUCUGGCCAUGGAGUGCGAACGGGAAUGUACAAUUGCCGAGCACUCCAACAAUUACGGGUUGCAGAUGGACCGCCUACAAUACGUUAUAGAAAUGAGGCGCCGAUACAGCCCGCCCGGCAUGGUAAAUUCCGACGGCAGCAUCAACCAGGAAUUCUUCAAGCCCAAACGAAUUGUCGUCCUUCAACCGCGGUGCAAAUGGGGCAAGCCGCAACGAGACGCCCUGUACAAGGGCCUUGAGGUACACGGCGUGGGCAAAUGGCGCGAAAUCGCAAACGACUUUCUCAAAGGCGGUAAAUGGGACGAUCAGCAAAUUCGAAUGCAUGCGGCCCGGCUUCUGGGCUCUCAGAGCCUCGCGCGGUACGUUGGAUGGAAGGGCAAUCGGGAAAUGGUUGAGCAGGAAUACGCGCGGAACAAGGCCAUUGGGGAGUCGACCGGCUGCUGGAAGGGCGGCAUGCUCGUGGAGGAUAACAACGGGACACUGCGGAAAUAUCUCAGUGAGGAACAACAACCGGUCGCAGCAACAACAACCGCUUAGUUCGGUUCGCAGUCUUCUGCGCCGCUGUAUUGCCUAGCCAGGGGCUGGGAGGGCGCCCCCUGGUGUUUGUAAGGGAGUGAGGCGCGCACGGAGGAACUGAUGAUUGUGGAGCCGCGCGCCCGGCCCUGCGCUGUGUUUCGGUACGGUCAGGGCCCCCGGUGCUCGUCCUCUGUAGGAGCGAACCGCCCCCAGUGUAACAACCCACCAAGAACUGCAACGUGACGCAACAAUUGUCAUGGGUAUCGAGCGAACUGCUAGCGGCCAAUGCCUCCUCCAUCUUCCCAAGCACCUCCACCACCACCACCUCCUCCUCGACGGGGGCCAAGGGACUUCAUUGUCAGGGGACGAAAUGGCGGCCGGGGGAGGU